AUGACAACCAUUAGGUGUCUCAUUGCCAUUGCAGUCAAGAAAGGUUGGUCUAUUUCACAAUUUGAUGUUAAUAAUGCUUUUCUUCAUGGCGACCUUCAAGAGGAAGUCUACAUGAAGUUUCCUUCAGGAAUGGCAUCACCCAGUCCCAAUCAUGUUUGCCAGCUUCAAAAGUCACUAUAUGGGCUCAAACAAGCUUCAAGGCAAUGGCAUGUCAAGCUUGCAGGAGCCCUGACUUUUAAAGGAUAUACAAUAUCUCUUAAUGACUAUUCUUUGUUUUUCAACAAAACAGGGGAUCUGAUUUCAAUUAUUGUUGUCUACGUUAAUGAUAUUUUGAUUACCGGGGAUGAUCCUAUUGAAACUGCCACUAUGAAGGAUUUUCUCAACUCUAAAUUCCAAAUCAAGGACUUAGGGGAGCUUCAUUAUUUUCUUGGCAUGGAAAUUUUAAGAGGAGAACAUGGUUGUAUUAUUGAUCCUUCCAUUUACAGGAGAUUAGUGGAUAAAUUGAACUAUCUCACACAUACACGGCCAGACCUUUCAUUCUUAGUCAUCACUCUUAGUCAAUUUAUGCAACAGCCGUGUCAGGGCCAUUUUGAUACUGCACUUCGAGUGUUGAGAUAUCUACGACUCAAUCCAGACCAAGGUCAGUUCUUCAAUCCUACAUCAUCAUUUUUCCUGAUUGCUUUAUGUGAUGCUGACUGGGCAUCUUGUCGAGAUAGUCGGAGAUCUAUUAGUGGUUUCUUUAUUAGCCUUGGUGGCUCACCAGUUUCUUGGAAGUCCAAGAAACAAGCCUUUAUUUCACUAUCUUCCGCUGAAUUAGAAUACAGCCAAGCUGCUAUUUAUAUUGCAAAAAAUUCGAUGUUUCACGAACGAACCAAGCAUGUUGAGGUUGAUUGCCACUUCGUGAGACAACAAUUCCUUUCCGGGUUGAUCUCUCUAUCUUUUGUUCCAUCCUCUGCUCAGUUGGCUAAUCUGUUCACAAAGGCUCUCUCUGGUCCUUCACACUUCUCGAUUCUUUCCAAGUUGGGUGUCGUUUCUUUCCCUUCACCUUGA